AUGGCGGCUGGGCCAUGGCUGCAAGUCGUGGGCGGAACAGACCGGUGCGAGGAGCAGCUUGAGACACCACCAGCACGGAUUGCUUUCGAGUGCCCGCAGCCUCGGGGAGGGAGCCGAAAACCGUCCAACGCAUGUGUUCCCGAAUACCGAAUCCGCGAAGCGAAAGUAGACCAGCAGCUCUCGGAGCACAACGCAGCACCCAUCCUGUGGAACCUCUACUGUCGCAAGUCUUUGGGCACUGAGAAUCGUUGCGGCCAAACCGACGCAAGCAUUUCGCAACAGCACAGCGGCGGCGAUCUCAAGCAACAGUUAAGCAACAUGUAUGAUUCAGAUUGCUCCGGCAAUCCGAGAAUCCAAGGAGAAACACUCCUCGCCCAGUGCGGAUCAUGCGAGCGAACCGCAUCCGACCAUCAACAAGUACGAAGAGCAUCAGGUACAGCCGAGCCGGCUUUUCAGUCCAUCACCCACGCAUUGGAUCCUCAAACGUUGGAAAUAAACAUUGGAAACCAGAUGCCUCUUGCCCACGGACGACAUCUCCACCUCGUCCUCCUCGUGAGCUUGCCUGCUGUGUCCGAUCAGCUUGCUGUCGCGACCCCCUCGGGACAGGCGCAAGGCCAAGGAUGUGGGAGCAAGAAAUCGAGGAGCUGGAAAAUGGCCAUCUUCUCCGACACGACACGGAAAGCGAAAGUGGAUCCUCUCGCUACACAACCAGUCUACGCACGUCUCGGAUCCAGCGCCUCUCCGCUUGCCGGCCGAAUGGCCCCAGGUGUUCAAUCUCUUCGCAUUGCAUCUUCGCGUUGCAGACGUCGGUUCAAUGCACUGAAGCUGCGGCGCUGA